UAAUGAAGUUGUAUGUGGAUUUAUGUAUGUGACUUACCUUUUUGACUUUGAAGAAUUGAUUUUUAUUGUAUAGUGAGUAGAGUUAAAGUUAGAAUUACAAAUUUUAAAAUUCGGUUGCGAAACCAAUCGGGUAUAAAGAAUUUCAUCUUCGUGUCAAGAUUCCUAGACACUCAGUUGGACGACCCUGCCCUGCUCAUUACUGUAUAAUUCCCAUAAUGCCCUCAUCUCUCUCUUAGUAUUCCAUGCUGACCAAAUCUAGCCGCCGGUGAGAAUGACCCUCCCGAAGCCCGCAUCUCCGUCCGGGCUCUCCGCCCUCCUCCGCCGCGAGAAAGACCCGAAGCUCGCUCUCCGCCUCUUCCAAACUCCCAAUGGCCAAUGCUCUCCAGAGAAGCCCUUCCGCCACUCCCUCCUCUCCUACGACCUCAUCAUCACCAAGCUCGCUCGCGCCAAGAUGUCCGAAAUGGAAGCGAUCCUCCGGAAGCUCAGAGACGAGACCCAUUUCUACCCAAAAGAGCCGAUGUUCUGCCACGUCAUCACCUCCUACGGCCGAUCCCGCAUGCCCGACCCGGCCGUCCGGACCUUCGAGUCCAUCCCCUCGUUCCGCUGCCGGAGGACCGUCAAGGCGUUUAACACCCUGUUGAACGCGCUCCUCAAGUGUGAAGAGUACGGGAGAAUGAUCGAAUUCUUUCAUAAUAUAGAGAAGUACGCGUACCCAGAUGCGUGUACUUAUAACAUAUUGAUCAACGCUUGCGGGGUAGUCGGGCGGUUGGACGAUGCUUGUAAACUGUUCGAUGAAAUGCCCAGGAGAGGUGUUUUCCCAAAUGUGGUCACUUUCGGGACCUUAAUUUAUUGGCUUUGCGUGGAUAACAGGUUCGAGGAGGCUUUUGAGUUGAAGGACAACAUGGUUAGAGCUCACGGGAUUCUUCCCAAUGCGCACAUCUACGCCUGUUUGAUCAAAGCGGCUUGCAAGGUUACGGACUUGAGCAAUGCGUUUGGGCUUAAAGAUGAGAUGCUGAGUAAUCGGGUCGAGUUGGAUUCAGCCAUAUAUAAUACACUCAUAAAUGUUCUCUUCAAGGCUGGGAGGAAGGAUGAGGUUUCUGGGCUUUUAGAGGAGAUGCGAGAGAAGGGCUGUGGGCCAGACACAGUGACAUACAACACGAUGAUCAGUGCACUCUGUGACAAGAAGGACUUUGAGGCAGCUCACCGGAUUUUAGAUGAGAUGGCAGUGAACGGGUCAAAACCCGAUGUGAUAAGCUUCAAUGUGAUCAUUCGUGGGUUGUGUAAGGAGGGGAAACUGCAGGAGGCGAGUGAUUUGUUCGAGGACAUGCCUAGACAGGGUUGCCGUCCUGAUGUUGUGUCCUACCGGGUAUUGUUUGACGGUCUGAGCAUGCACAGGCUUCUUGAGGAAGCUGUGCUUAUUUUGGAUGAGAUGCUUUUUCAAGGUUAUGCUCCCCGUGAUUCGAGUUUGAAUGAGUUCUUGCACAAUUUGUGUGAGGAAGGAAAGCACAAACUAUUAGUAAGAGUCUUGACUAGUCUCGGGAAGGGAAAUCUUAUUGAAGCUGAUAUUUGGGCAAGAGUCGUUUCUCUUGUGUGUGAUAAGGAAACAGAUUUGUGUUCGGAGACAAUAGAUCAUCUGACAGACUCUUGUGUGUGAUAAGGAAACAGAUUUGUGUUCGGAGACAAUAGAUCAUCUGACAGACUCUUGUGUGUGAUAAGGAAACAAUUUUGUGUUCGAAGACAAUAGAUCAUCUUACAGUAUGUGAAUAUUGAAUUGGAGCUCUUGUUCUAGAAUCAGCCUAACUAUGGGGAAAGGUUUUGCUUGCUGAGUCCUCUGUUAUGGCAUCCCAAACCGCGUUCCGAUAGUCCACGAUUGAUGAAGACGGAGAAGGUGGUUAACAA